AUAGGACAAGAGUGUGACGUUGGUUUCUCUAUCUUGCAGAGCAGCUGCAAUGAGUCAGUAACUCUUCUCGUCUUUAACAUACGUGUAUUAUAUUGAAUUCUAAAUUUUAGAGAUAGCUCGAGUGGAGGAAUUUCUAAAAUUUUAAUUAUCGUGGAGAACUUUUACCUUAUUUCAUCCACGACCAAGGCCCAGUAUUAUCAUUAUGGCCGAGCCUAAGUAUCCAGUUUUGGAUAUUGACGACCCCCCACCACCAUAUCUGUUUCCGGAUGGGCAACAACCUAUGGUGCAUUCCUCAGGGGGACCAGGAGCAGCGCCGCCGUACGAGUUAUUGGCAGUUAAUGAUAAGGGCAUUGCUGGUAAUGUUCCUCUCAAGAAGGUAGAAAUGAUUACCCAGACACACGCCAAUGUAUCGACCGGCCAGGGUCCUUCAACAAGGGUGAUCAUCAUAUCGGCAAUUUCUGGUCACAAUCCUCAGCGAACAAUUUGUCCUCACUGCAGAAUGGAGAUAGUCACAGUGACCAGGAAGGAGACGGGAAGUUGUCAGCAUUGCUGGGCUCUUUGCAUUUGUUGUUUCGUAGGUUGUCCAUUCUGCUUAAUUCCGUACUGUUGCGAACAUGAAUGUGGAGACACGGUUCAUUCCUGCGCGAAUUGCCAGAUGGAUGUUGGAACGGUGCACAGAAUGUAAAACUUUACCGCUUGGGCAAACUGGAUAUAAGUACCUAUAAAUAUUAAUGAUCUGACACCCAUACCGGAAUUAUCCAUGCAUCGAGAGAUUUCUCUUACUACAUAAAAUUGUAUAAAAAUGAUUAUAAUUUUAUACACGUCCAACCUAUUUCCUAAGCUAAAAUCAAAUCUUUAAAUCGUUACAGAGAUCUGAGGUAGGUAUUUAUGUAAAUUAAAUAUAUGCAAGAGAUUAAUGGACGAAUCUCAGGAAACGGACAUUUGAUGUGUACUUAGAUUACUACAAAUGCGAAUUUAUGAGAAUUAUUUAUAAAGAAGAAGGGGAGUUUUAUUAGGAGAAAUAAAUAUUAGGAGAUAAUACGUACAGAAUCUUCAACACAAAACCUUGCUUUGUACAUGUCGAAAAGUAUGAGGGAUUUAAAUUGUGAUUUUAUAUACAAGAUGUGAUAUUAUUAUGAACAAUUAUUAUUAUGAAUGUAUUUAAGAUUUCAAUUCAACUUUGCAAUCUUUUGACACAACAAAAUUCUUUAUUGACGUGGAUUGAAUCUUGGACGAUGAAAGAUGGAGAUUUUGAAUAUCUUUGAGACUUUUGCUUAUUUACAUCAGAUCAACUUCUCGCACUAUGAAUUAAAGAGAUGUUAAUAUAAUUUUAAGUCAAAUAAAAAACUUAUCAGUACAGUUUCCCUAAAGACU